GCGCCCCGCCCUGCCCCGCCCCGCCCCGCCCCGCACGCCUGCGCGCGGCUCCCGGCGCUGAAAUUCAAAUUUGAACGGCAGCCUGAGCCCGAGUCCGACACUGGAAGCUGCGGGGCAGAGGCGAGCAGGUUGGGAAGAGUCUCCCUGCCCCGGACGCCUUGUUUUCUCCAAGUGACACACCGAAUCGGGGCUCACUUUUCUUUUUCUGAAUUUCUGAUAAUCCCGUCUCUCCGUCGUCUCACAGUCGACACGCGAAGCCCGGGGCGAUGGACCCGUUUACGGAGAAACUGCUCGAGCGCACCCGUGCCAGGCGAGAGAACCUCCAGAAAAAGCUGGCCGAGAGACCCACGGCAGCGCCCAGGUCUGGGGCUCCCGCCAAGCGGGCCCGGCAGCCGCUCGCAGAAGCGAGUAACCAGCCGUCUGGGGCGGAAGAGAAGUCUUGCACAAAACCGUCGCCAUCAAAAAAGCGCUGCUCCGACAACACUGAGGUGGAGGUUUCUAACGUGGAAAAUGAACAACCCGUCGAGCCAGCUCCUGCCGGACCUUGUUCUCCGAGUCCCGUGUCCCCUCAGGCACGGCCGCAGGCGCCAGCCCCAGCCAGCGGGUCCCCGCCCGCCACCCAGGCCUCUCUGCUUGGCCCGAGACGAGGGCCGGACGCGGGACCGGAGGCGACGGCGGGUUCCUCGGUGAAGACGCGGAUGCAGAGACUGGCAGCCCAGCGGCGCCACUGGGCUGAGCAGGAGGACGGGACGGGGACAAACGGCGAUGUCCCCGGAAGCCCGCUCACCGCAGCCGCGCCCGCAGAGGACAAGGCGGCCUCCCCGCCCAGACCGUCGGAAGCCUCGGCGACUCCGAUCGGGAGAAGGGGCCGUCUGGCCAACCUUGCCGCGGCCAUUUGCUCCUGGGAAGAUGAUGUCAGUCGCUCAUCUGCAAAGCAGAGCAGCGCCCAGGGACAGCCUGGUACCACUUGUUUACCCACCGCUUCCUCUGCCAGCGGAGCAUCUGCUGGGCUCAAUAGCCGCAGUGUGAAGCAGGAAGCUACAUGCUGCUCCCCGAGGGAUGGCCAUGCCUCUCGGAGCAGAGGCCCGGCCUGGAGAGCUGAGGGCGCGCCUUUGAUCAGGGUCGCAGCUUCCAGCUCUGUGAAAGCCCCCUCCCCUGUGAAGUCUGCUGCGCCCAUCCCGGAUGCCAGAAGUCGCGAGGUCCAAAGUCCCGAGCGGCGUGAGAAAGCUCCGGCCCGUCCCCUGGACACUGAGGUGUUGAGGCCGGUGGAGAGGUCAGCUGUGCCCCCGACGGUGCCGCCCGGAGAAGCAUUAAGUAGAGAAGGUCGUCUGCAGCCUCCGUUGAAGGACAAAUCUACAACACCAGUUGGGGCAGGAGUCAAGCCUUUCCUGGAGCGCUUCGGAGAGCGCUGCCGGGAGCGCAGCGGAGAGAGUCCGGCCCGCCACGCGCCCCACCGGGCCCCCGUGGUCACGCCAAACACAAAGGCCAUCCAGGAGCGGCUGCUACAGCAAAACACGUCCUCCCCCACGACCCACGUGGCGCAGCGGCUCAAGCAGGAACGGGAGAAAGAACUAGCAUGUCUUCGUGGCCGAUUUGAAAAGGGCAAUUUAUGGAGUGCAGAAAAAGUCGAGAACUCGGGGAGCAAACCGCUGGAAGCCAAACAGGAAAUUCACGGUCAGAACACUCCCCUCCAGAAGCAUCAGGUUGUUCCAAAUACCCCGUCACUCCCAGCAGCAGGAGGGGACAGACGCCCAGACACCAGGACAGAGACUGAGAAGGGGGCAGAGCCCCGGACGCCAGGAGGACCUCCCCGUGCAGAGCCUGCAGGUUUCACUGAGUGUGCGAUGACGAAGUCUAGCCCUUUGAAAAUCACCUUGUUUUUAGAGGAGGAGAAGUCGUUAAAAGUAGCGUCAGACCCAAGAGUCGCGCAGCAGAAAGAAGUGGUACGUGAAAUUGAGAUGAGCGUGGACGACGAUGACGAUAUCAAUAGUUCCAAGGUAAUCAAUGACAUCUUCGGUGAUGUCCUCUUGGAGGAGGGCGAACUGGACGUGGAGAAGAGCCAGGAGGAGGGGGACGGAGCGGCGGCCGAGGGCAGCGAAGACCAGGAGGACGCGCUGAACAUCUCCUCCAUGUCCCUGCUGGCUCCCCUGGCGCAGACGGUCGGCGUGGGGAGCCCCGAGAGUUUAGUUUCCUCGCCUGGACUAAAGCUGAAAGACGGCAGCACCAGCGAUGAGAGUCCAAAGCCCGGCAAGUUCCAGAGGACCCGGGUGCCGCGGGCGGAGUCCGGAGACAGCCUUGGCUCUGAGGACCGGGACCUCCUUUACAGCAUCGACGCGUACAGAUCUCAGAGGAUCAAGGAAACCGACCGCCCUUCGAUAAAGCAGGUGACUGUUCGGAAGGAGGAUGCUGCUUCCAAAUCGGAGGGGAGAAAGAAUGCCGAAGACAAGGCUGCCUUUCCUUGUCAAGUUAACACCAAACAGAAAACGCAGGAACUCAACAACGAGAUCAACCUGCAGCAGACGGUGAUCUACCAGGCCAGCCAGGCCCUGAACUGCUGCGUGGACGAGGACCACGGCAAGGGCUCCCUGGAGGAGGCCGAGGCGGAGAGGCUGCUUCUGAUCGCAACCGAGAAGAGGGCGCUUCUGAUCGACGAGCUGAACAAGCUGAAGAACGGGGGGCCCCAGAGGAAGCACAAGGCCGCUCCCGCGGCCCAGGGGGCGCUCGCCCCGUCCAGAGGGUCGGUCACGUUGUCGGAGAUCCGGCUGCCCCUGAAGGCGGACUUCGUCUGCAGCACAGCUCUGAAACCAGAUGCAGCAAAUUACUAUUUCCUAAUAUUACUGAAGGCAGGAGCCGAAAACAUGGUGGCCACCCCCUUAGCGAGCGCUGCGGGCUCCCUCAACGGCGACGCUCUGAUGUUCCCGACCACGUAUGCUCUGGAAGAUGUGUCCAAUGACUUUGAAAUAAAUAUUGAAGUUUACAGCCUGAUGCAAAAGAAAGAUCCCUCGGGGCCCGAUAAGAAGAAGAAGGCCUACAAAUCCAAGGCAAUGACUCCAAAGCGACUGCUCACGUCCAUAACCUCGAAAAGCUCCCUCCAUCCUUCAGUGAUGGCCAGCCCCGGCGGCCUCAAUGCCGUGCGCACCAGCAACUUCACGCUUGUCGGGUCCCACACGCUGUCCCUGGCUUCCGUGGGAAACACUAAGUUUGCUCUGGACAAGGUGCCCUUUUUGUGUCCUUUGGAAGGCCAUAUUUAUUUACAAAUAAAAUGUCAAGUGAAUUCCAGUGUUGAAGAGAGAGGUUUUCUAACCAUAUUUGAAGAUGUCAGUGGUUUUGGAGCCUGGCAUCGAAGAUGGUGCAUUCUCUCCGGAAACUGUAUCUCGUACUGGACCUACCCGGACGACGAGAAGCGAAAGAACCCCAUAGGAAGGAUAAACCUGGCCAACUGCACCAGUCGCCAGGUAGACCCAGCCAGCAGGGAGUUCUGCGCGAGACGCCACACCUUCGAGCUGAUCACGGUCCGGCCGCAGAGGGAGGACGACCGCGAGACCCUCGUCAGCCAGUGCAGGGACACGCUCUGCGUCACCAAGCACUGGCUGUCCGCGGACACCAAGGAGGAGCGGGACCUGUGGAUGCAGAAGCUCAACCAAGCGCUCGUGGAUCUGCGCCUCUGGCAGCCGGACGCCUGCUACCGGCCCCUCGGGAAGCCCUAGGCGGGGCGGUGCCCCUGCGCCCGGAGGGCGUGUCCGCGCUGUGUCCCGCGUGUGUCUGAAGAGCAUCAGACAGGCUGAUUGCAUUUUUUUUUUUUUUUGCUUUAAAAAACGAAAGGGGAUGUGCCAAUAUUCACUACAUAUUAUGCAGUAUUUAUGUCUUUUGUAUGUAAAACUUCAGCUGAUUUGUCUUCUGUCCUUCGUAAAUAAUUGGAGGGAAAUUCCUUAUAGUUGAUUUUACUAAAUCUUAAUUUAAAAGUCUCAUUUUCCUAUAAAUCUAAGUAUUCAGUUAUUCCUAAUAAUUUUUUUUUAAGUAAGAAACUUUAAGUUGCCUUCUUGGUCCUGUAGGUCUCAAAGUAGAGGGUCUUUGGGGUUAGAGGUCACGGGUUCUGUAGCCUGAGUACUUCCUCGGUGGGGUGGUGGACCUUCGUUGGGUCUGUCGUUGCCAGGGACCGGGAACAUGUCCGAGGGGCCUCACGGACCCGUUCCCAGUGAUGGCGGUGAGGACCAUUUCAAAUGACACACGCACAUUAGCCUAAAGCUCGCGGCUUCAAACGGGAGGUGGGGCUCGGGGGGUAAUGUGUAAGAUGUGGGGGUAGGUGUGUUGUUUAGACGACUUAAUAAUCCUAUGGUUUACAUUUCCUCAGUUACGUUAGAUGCUGUGUGGUGCAGACUUUCAUAGAACACAGGCUUUUAAAAGUCACGAUUUUUGCUGUAUGUCUUACAGACUCCUCACAGACACGUGGCGUGGUAGUUUUUCUCUGUUCUGGUAACAAGAACAGAUGUAAAUCCAAGCGCUUUUAUAUAAAACAAGCACACUUUAUAAGCUGCUGCGGACUAACACUUUGCUCGCCAAAGUUCUUGACUUUCUUACUUUUCAUGUCCAUGUAGGACGGUGUCCAGAAAUCCGUUAUGAAAUCAUUCGAAAAACUAUUAAGUAGCAUAUUUCCUUAAAAGCCUAAUACCUUAUUCUUUAUUUUUUUUUGUUAUAAAAUAUUGUAAAACAUGGUCUCAAACUUUUAAGUACACUUUGAAUUUCUUUGAAUUGUCAAAGUUAUCGAUGAUCUCAUUUAUAAACACUAAAUUCUGUCACCUGUCAUUGUAUCUUUUAUUGUUUUAAAUGUGUUUUAUGUGUAUUGUAAAAAUGUAUUUUAUGAUCUCUUACCUAAAUAAAUACUUGCAAGUGGCUUA